GACAAAUCAUUCUCAACUCGGCCGCUGACGAUUACGCUGCUUCCUUGGUCUAUCAGUUAGCAAAUUUUCUUGCAAAGAGCCGUUUUCUUGUGUCUGCGACUAAAAUAAUCUUCUCCGACCGGCAUUUGCCAACCGUGUGUGUGCAGAGUUGCGUUGGAACUUGCAGAUCCACAGCCCCCACGAUUGUCAUUGCGCCGACAGCAUUCUCGACUCGCAAUUGCCACCGUUCUGGACCCCGCUGGCUCCUUCGCCCCAAUCCAUCUCCACCCUCCCCUGUUCGCGCAGCCCGAGAGUGCCUCAGUUGGGUCGCCUCAACGUCGGGUUCUCGCUGUUCGCCUUCAUAUUCAAGAGAGAAAAAAAGAGACUCUCUUAUAAAUAACAAGAGCCUGGCGGCCAUUUGCUAGCUGUCAGGUUUCUGCCAUCAACGCGCGGUUUUGUGCUCGCUAUUGAGGAGCCCAGGUACCUUCGAGUACCUUAACCCCGCCAUCCCAACUUACACACCCGCAACCCGGGUCUCCGACCUCCCUUCUCUGGAAGAGCCGCCAGGACUCACCAGACCCCUCGCCAACGUGCACCCGAGAAGGUUCUCGCCAGUUCAUCUGACCCGGCCGUUGCCUUUUCUGAAUUCGCGCGCCAGCCGAAUCCUUUAGGCCUGAUCCCCUAGGUCCAACGCCAGGUCGAUAAGCCCUGAAUCUUUUAUAGUCGGUCGCUGUUGGUGUUUGGUUCAUUGGUUGUUCGGUAAACCAAUUCAACACCACACACACUUCCGCCACUUUUCUCAUCAUCCCAUCUCAAACCCGCUUUCAUCCUCAGCACUCAAACCACAACAAUGGCCGCCGCCGCGCGCACCGCCCGCCUGGCCCCGCGCCUCGCCUCCAUUUCCCGCCCCGCGGUUGCCCGCGCCGGCGUCUCCUCAGUUGCCCAACGCGCUGCCUUCUCCGUCUCGGCUCGUCGCACGAAGUCCGAGGUCAUCAAGGAGACUGAGGUCCCCGUCACUGUCUACAGCCCCGACCAUAAGGGCGUUGCCUCGAGCAACUCGGACCACUUUAGCAUCCCCGUCAAGAACGGCGCUGCUUCCGCCCCCGAGGCCGCUGCCGAGGACCUGGAUGCUGUCACGCCACUGCAGGACAAGGUUUACAGGCAGAUGCCGCGCACCCUUCAGAAGAUGAGUGUUUAUGGCAAGGUUAUCAUCGUGACUGGCGGUGCCCGUGGUCUCGGUAACCAUAUGGCUCGUGCCUGUGCCGAAGCUGGCGCCAAGGCCAUCGCCAUCUUCGACGCCAACCAGGAGCUUGGAGACGAGGCUGCCGCUGAGCUGCACCAGAAGACGGGCCUCCCCGUAUCCUUCUUCAAGGUUGAUGUCCGCGACGGUAAUGCUAUCAACGCCGCCGUGCAGAACGUCGUCGACCUCUACGGUGCCCCCGACGUCCUCGUCAACUCGGCCGGCAUUGCCGACUCCAACAUCAAGGCCGAGACCUACGACCCAGCCAUGUUCCGCCGCCUGAUCGACAUCAACCUGACGGGCUCCUUCCUCAUGUCCCAGUCGGUCGGCCGCGCUAUGAUGGCUGCCGGCAAGCCCGGUUCCAUCAUUCUGGUCGCCUCCAUGUCCGGCUCCAUCGUCAACUACCCGCAGGAGCAGUCGUGCUACAACGCCUCCAAGGCCGGCGUCAUCCAGCUCGGCAAGUCGCUCGCCGCCGAAUGGGCCAAGUACAACAUCCGCGUCAACUGCAUCUCGCCCGGCUACAUGGACACGGCCCUCAACAAGGUCCCGGCCCUCGACGCCCAGAAGAAGAUCUGGAAGUCGCUCACCCCCCAGGAACGCCUCGGUGCCGUCGACGACCUGAAUGGUCUCUGCGUCUUCCUCGCCUCGGACGCUUCCGGCUUCAUGACCGGCUCUAAUGUCAUCAUCGACGGCGGCUACACGCUGUACUAAGCACUUCUUAAUUGGGAAUUACGGGAUUGCAUUCAUACCUCUGCGGGAUACCCUAUAUAGACGGCUUGCUGGAAUUGUCGGCAUUGGACAUUGGAUGGGGUGACAAUUUUCUGUCCAACGGGUUGCGGGAAGGGGGGGUAAAUGGGUGUUAUUUCGAACACGGCUCAUGAUAGCCAUGGCUUUCCUCUUUAUUUACCAUACUUUUCCGAGGUUUUUCCAUAUCUGUGGCUGGUGCCUGUUUCCUUCUGGGUUCGAGGGUUGGCGGCGUGCACACAAGACUUUUGCAAGUCAUGGUUGGGAGAGAGAGCACAAAAGUGAUCCACAUAUUCUAAUCAAGUUGGGGGCCCGACUUGAGCCUCAUGCACGUUUUUUUCUGCUCAUCCACCCAAGUGCAUGUUACCUUACCAAGUGAUCUAAUUGACUGGACUGAAUACG